AUGGCCGAGAAACACCACCGGACGCAGCCCCUGCAAGGCACGCAACACAUCAUCAGCGUAGUUGGCGACCAUAGAUCGAACAACCUGGUGUAUGGACAUGUCGGGCGGCUGACAUAUGUCUCGCUGGAAGAUGCCGACGAGCAGGAAAAUAACGGCCGAGCUAGGCAAACCAACAUCGGAGAGCUGCAUACAAACCGCAUGACCACAUCAAAUUCUACUUUCCAGGUGCUGACGGAUUUCCGGACCUGGUAUCCGGCGACAAAGCAAGCUGCUGUGGAAGAAGGGCAAGUAGCUGAGAAUCACAAUUUGUGGCUCUGGGAGCACGCUCCAAGUGUACUGGUAGGAACGACCGGCCCUUGGGACGGGCUCACAAAAGAAUUUGAAGCAGCGGCGUCGAUCAAGCCGUUUGAGGCAAAACUGCCCCUUCUCGCAUACGGAGAGAUUGCGAAUCACAGCGGCUGGAUUCCGAGCACCUGUUCCGCAUUUGCCACGGCGGCCGGAAGCUUGGGACACAUUCUUCGCAUUGUCCGGACUCAUGAGCAAGAGGUCGGCUGGGCCCGAACAUACGGCUCAUCUCUCGACUUUACCACUGCAGAUACUGCCGACGAGGGUCAUUGGUGCAGCAGCGUCCCGAUCUCACAAAUAAAAUUUACCGCACCCGCACAGACCGAAUCGUCGUUGCGAUGGGUGCUGGCGCAAACAGACAUUGCCACGUUCAUGCUCGAGCCGGUCCUUCAAGAAAAGCCUGUUCAGACUGCUCACGCGGCAUGUAGCUAUGUCAGCCGUGGCCCAUCACGCAUCAGCGUCAACCUUGUGAUGCAGAUCAGCGCAGAGGACACAGGCGGAGAACCACACAACGACGUGUCGUUCAACCCGGGCUUGGAUGGCGCAGCGUCGCAGUUAGCGAUAAUAGACAAAGGCGGGAACUGGUCUGUGUGGGACAUCAAGGUCAACCCGAAAGCCCACAAGAACAGGAUUCAUCGCAGUAUCAGGACGAAAGGGAGGUUUAUCGAUGGGAUACCAACUGCGCUGCCUCCAGCGGGGGUGCAUGGCCGACGCAGCCUAUACAGGGUUGUGUGGCUUCCGGCAGCGAACAGUGAGAUGGGGGAAACGGGCGACACGCAAUGCCGUACAUUGCUGAUGUGCAACGACGUGCUGCUAAAGGCAAUCAACGUGGAAAGCCAAGAGCCUGUGCAGAUAGUGGGUGUAACACGUCAGAACGGACUGGAUGCCUUGCUGGACAUACACCUUUGUUCCACGGAGCCGUCUCGUGUAUUUGUGCUGACGUCGACAACGGUGUUCUGGCUAGACCUAGCCUUAGUUGACUCCGGCACAGGCCUAGAGUCCACUAUCGCUAGCCAUGACGAGACAGCGAAGGGGCAGAGCCAGAAAAAGCACCCGGCUGUGCUUCUAUCAUGUCCCCAUCUGCGAGAUCCGACUGAUGGAACGCUCAAGCUGUGCGUGGCACCGUCUAGGCCGUUUCUAGGCAGAAACGCAAGUCUCGUUUGUGUCUAUUCGACGACGCAUGCAGAGGUGAGCGUGUUCCGAUUUGCGGAGCCUGGCCUUAGAGAACAGGCAUGUUUCGAGCAGCAGCUCUUUCGACUGAGGCCCCCGACAAAACAAGGCCAACAAGGCAGACAUGGGGAGCAGUCGAUAUUGGUGUUACCGAAAGCGGUGCAGGAAGACCUAGGAGGUCGCACUGGGCGUGGAAGGCGAGAUGUCGGUCUACACUACACGGCUGCAGGCGUUCGCUUUUUUCAGGUUAUUGCACUGGGGCCGAACCUGGACCUGCGGUCGGCAACCUGUGUCAGUACGCCGCCAUUCGGGAAGAUGAAAAUGCACCCGCCAACGGCGAUCAGGAAGCAUAGACUGGCGCAAAAGCAUGGUAAAAUAGGGGAAAACACCAAAAGUUGCAGUCAGUCGUUUGUGGUGCCGGACGAUGUUGGCACCGCAUCGCUGGUGGAGAGGCAGAUGGCACGUCCAAAACAAAGAGGCUUUCCGAUCCAAAUACAAGAGCGGAUUGUUCCGGUGCUCAACCUUUCUAGAGUAUUUUAUCUUCUGGGUGAACAGGUGGACAAGACAGCAAAGGCUGCCGAGCAAGCUGUCAGGAUGGUGCGUGGAUUCCAGAAUCCUUCGCCGCUGGAUGUGAUCCGACGGAUCAUCCAAGUUGGUAUUGAAAACGGAAACUACCCUUACACGACGCUUCUUGAUGCCGUUGAGGGCAACUUUAUCGACGACUUUGGUGCCGACCUGACGGAUCUCUCGUGGGCACAGCGACUUGCCGACCUUGACCUAGGCGACGACAGACAGGUGCGGGUGCGGGUGUUCGACCAGGUUAUGAACGGGGCCGGGCUCAGACACAGCCGCGAUGUGACUACGCUGUACCAAGCAAUGGGCGCUUUGUGCGAGACUACGGAAGAGGUGGCAUCUACGAGACGUGCCGGUCUUUUGGAGAGUGUGGCCGUGCGGCUGUAUUUUUCGCUGAUCAGCAUGUGUGUGGAACCGCGACAAAUGGGGCGCAGCAACGCGACGACGCCGAUGGAUAGCGAGGCCAGUCCGGGGUCGAGCCAAGGUGUCUGGCGGGCUGCAGUACCCAAGGCGCGAUCUGCUGAGCGACUGGACCGGAUGGAGAUGUCGUCGUCGCCGCCACAACAGCUUUCCUGGCCGCCGUCUUCACAGGGGGACCCCAGCAACAGGGAGGGAGAGGAGACGGAUGAGGUGGGGGAAGAGGAGGACGCCACGAUUGCACGGCUGCGGCAGUACGCCGUGUCGAUCAAGUCGGAGGCGCCUCGGGCAGAAGGCGAACUACGUCUGCUGUCGCAUUGGAAGCUCGGAAGCGAUCCGACACAGUUCUGGUGGAAGCCGGUCGGGUCGAUGGGCGGCGGGGCGGAAGAGGAAAAGAAGCAGGCAGAGGAGGAGGCGCUCGAGAGGCGGCGGAAGAGGAACGAGAAGAAGGCGCGGCGUGAACGUGAGAGGAUGGCUCGGCUGAUGGGCGACGGCAUAUCGACGCCAUCGGCGCCUCGAAUCCAGAUGUCGCAGGUUCCGGAGCUGGCGACGCGGUCCAGUCCGGUGCUGCCCAGCCAGCCAUUUUCGAGUCAGCCGUUUUCGAGCCAGUUCUUUUCGAGCCAGCUGGUUCCGCGGUCCAGCCAGAUGAUGGCGUCGUCGCAGCCGUUUGGAGGUGGUCAUCGGCCGAAGAAGAACAAGGCGAAACGGGUGGGAGGGUUCAGGAAAGACAAGAUUGAGAGCAAAGAGAGUGACAGUCCAAGACUGAACACAAGUGCUCUGACAGAAGCAGACCAGACUAUCAUGUCGCAUCAGUGUCACGACGAGCAUGCGAGCCACGGAGGGCACGAUGACGGCCACGGACAUGGUGACGGUGACGGUGACAGCCACGAUCACGAUCACGAUCACGAUCACGACCACAGCGACGACGUGACGCCGGCGCUGCAGCAGUCGCUGUACCAGCACAUUGAUUUUGACCAGCUGAUCACGCUCAACGAGGCGGCAGUGGGGGCGGGGCGGGCGGUGGUGCGCAAGACGUGGGCGCAGCGACUCGAGGCCGUGCCGGAGCUGGCGAGCGACGCGGACGAGCAGCUGCUGAUGGCGGUGCCGUUUACGGGUCAAGUCAAGCUGCACGCGAUCCUUCUGCGGACGUCGACGUCGACGUCGGCACCACGCACGCUGCACGUGUUCCAGAACCGCGACGACAUGGACUUUGCGGCGGCCGAGGACGAGGCCGCGGCCAGCGGCGCGGCUCAGACGUUUGAGCUGGCCCAGACGUCCGAGGUGCAGGAGCUGGCGGUGCGGCGGGCCGUCUUCGCGCAGGUCCGUCGCCUGACCCUCUUCUUUCCCGACAACUUUGGCGCCGGCGAGGAGGAUGUGACCCGGCUCAGCUACGUCGGCUUCCGCGGCACGUGGAUGCAGCUCGGCCGGGCACCCGUGAACAUCCUGUACGAGGCGGCGGCAAAUCCGGCAGACCACGCGGUCCGGGGGACGACGACGAACCGGAUGGGGAGCGAUAUGAGGAGGUAG